UAUAGCUCGCCAAAAGGAUAAUCCACUAAUACUUCCACCCACAGAACAGAAAAAAAGAGCUUCCACCCAUUGUCUUGUCUAUACUAAUAUUAUAAAAAGGAAAUAUUUGAUUGAAUUAAAUAGGGUCUGAAACAACAAUACUGAUUUUACACGGGAAGCUAUAUCAGAUGCUGGUAACAUAGGCUAUAGUUUACGCUGGUCAAGUCACGAGAAACAGCUAUUUAUAAUUGUUUUGUUUGUUCACAGAUUCACCAGACCAGAAGAGCAAUAAUUAUGGUACAAAACGAAGAAAUGGUGUUGCUGUGUUUAAAAAUAGAAGAAUCUGCAAUGGAUUUUAAAGAUUAAGUUAAGUCUUCAAAUAAGGAUUAAGAAUGACUUGCUUAUGUCAGAAGGCUGGUUAAGCGUCAGUGAUGAAGUGGGUGGCCCUGACGACGCUCAUCGCGGCCGGGCUAGUCCAAAUACCUUCCCCUGUGGUGAGGGUCUCCAGUGGUCUGUUGAGGGGUCGAUUAGACCCGGGUGGGACCUUCUACCAGUACUUUGGUGUACCGUACGGGACGGUCGAUGAAAAUAAUCGAUUCAAGGCCCCUUUACCGCCUCCAACAUGGGAAGGAGUGUACGAUGCCAUCGAAGAAAACACGUGGUGUCCUCAAAAAUUCUUUGGUACAAAUAUCCCUCUUGGGCAUCCAAACUGUCUGAAGCUCCACAUAUAUGCACCUAUCACUGCAAGUUUGGCUAAAUCCGGAAACUUUCUACCAGUAAUGGUGUUCAUUCACGGUGGAUGCUUUUUCGAAGGGUCCGGAUCUCGUUUCUUUUAUGGUGGGGACUAUUAUACCAAGCAUGAUGUUGUAUUCGUUGGUAUCAAUUACAGACUCAACGUGGAGGGAUUUCUAUGUCUAGGUAUUAAAGAAGCGCCUGGUAAUGCAGGACUCAAAGAUCAAAUAGCCGCACUUAAAUGGAUAAAAAACAAUAUUAAAGCAUUCGGUGGUGAUCCGGACAAUGUGACGCUAUUUGGUGAAAGUGCAGGUGCAGUCUCGAUAUCAUUCCUAGUCCUCUCUCCAUCUGCUAGAGGGCUUUUUCACAAAGCCAUCUUACAGAGCGGUUCCUCUUUAGCACCUUGGGGAAUCCAACAUGAUCCUAUAGGAACUGCGAGUAAUCUAGUCAAAGAAUUUGGAUACAACACCAAAGAUCCUUAUGAAAUUUACGAUAUAGUUUCAAGAAUAUCGUACAAUGAGUUAAUACAAGCGAUUAAAUAUUCUGAAACCAAGAAUUGGGUAACAGCGGAUAUUUUAUUCGUGCCAUGCGUAGAGAAUGAGAUAGAAGGGGUGGAGCCAAUAAUAACACGAUUUCCUUUAGAUAUAAUCAGUUUAGGAAACUAUACCAAAGUGCCAAUGAUGAUAGGAUAUAAUGACAAAGAAGGUAUAUUUUUUGUAGCAAAAGAUUUUGGAACUAGUGUUAAAGUUGUGGACGCUGGGGAUUUUUUAAAAAAUGAUCUAGUUUUUCCAACUAAGGUGGAGAAAAAUGAGACGGCAAAUAAACUGCAAAACUAUUACUUCUCGUCUAAACAUGAUGAGCUGAUAAUGAGUGUAGUGGACUUGUAUUCAGAUCUGCAUUUUAAAUUUCCUUCAAUAGUGGAGAUGGAAAUGUACGCUCGGACGACGGAAGAGUCUCUAUUCUUCUACUUGUUCCAGUACAGUGGAUACAUGAAUGUUCCAAAGAUGGUGUCUAAUUUCUUUGGGGUAAGAGGUGCAUCUCACGCUGACGAACUAUUCUACAUGAUGCGUCCUCAAGUGCUGCCAAUGCCCCAACGCUGGUAUGAUAAUGAAGAUCAGAUUGCCAUGAAGCGGAUGCUGACAAUGUGGACUAAUUUUGCUAAGUUCAGGUAUCUUUCACACUGUUUACAUACUUUUCACUGUUAACUUUAGAUGUCCAACUCAUUAGUAAUAUAAUUAUCCUAAAUUCAUUAGCAUAUGUGGAAUCUCUUUCCAAUGUUUCGGUACAUC